CUCAAAACUUUCACACUUAGAAAAAAAAUUGCGCCGGACCCCAAAACUGAAACACAAACCCUAAGCUCAGUCUCGACCUCCAUUCUCAAGCCAGACUCGAGCUCCUCCUCCUCCUCCUCACCAUCACAAUCCUCCCUCCUCCAUUCUCAGGCGAAAUCUGAAGCGUCGAGAUCCCGAUCUCGAUCUAAAAUUGAAGUAACAGCUCUGAAUCCUAGGCCCGGCCUCAAUCUGAGAUUGGCAGAGUCGAAGAAAUUAAAGAGGCUUCGAAUUCUGAUCUCCCUCUCCACCUUGCUCAACAGCUCACUCUGGUCUUCUCCGCCCUCUGCUCCUCAACCCGCCGAUUCAAUCUCCGAUCACGAAGACAACGGCUUACCAUAGGCUAGAAUUUGGGGUCGUUGACGGUCUCUAUCAAACCCUUACCGUCCGAUUUGGUCAAAAAGCUUCUCUUCCAGCUCCUGAAGGGCGUUGACGACUGUAACGAUAACAUCAUCCUCACUGAAACCUAGACCUAAGAAUCUGCUGCUUGACCAGAAACAACAGAGCCUCAAGAUUGGCGAUGGGAUCAGUCAGUUUUUUGCUUUCUUUUGCGAGUUUUUAUGCCAGAGACGGUCACUUUCUGUUACCAGGCGCUGGAGAUUUUGCUUGGGUCCACAGAUUACUCAACUUGGCGGACAUUUGGGCCCUCGGCUGCAUCUUCGGUACUUUCAAUUUCCAUUCAUACUUUCUUAAUUCAGUUGAGAUUUUAAUGGUUCAAUUAGUUGAUUGAGUGUUUUGUGUAUUCUGAAAUUGAAUAUUGUAGCUGAGAUGGUUACUGGGGAUGUUCUGUUUGUUGGAAGUACUAAGAUUCUCCCAGGUAGGGCUUUGGGGAUUUGAAUAAAAACAAUUUAUUUACUGGGAUUUAUAGCUUUCUAGCAUAUGGGUUCUACAUGAAGCCCAACAUUCUUCAUGGAACUUGUUCUUAACAAAACAUUAGGAACUUGUUCUACAGAGAAUUUAGACCCUUCUCUCAGAAAAAAGAAAAGAGACUUUUAUCUCAGAGAGAGAGAGAGAGAUUGGAGAUCUUGUCAGAUCGGGAACAGAAACCUGUUGUGUGAAGGUGGAGAACUACUGGAUAAAAUUUUGUCCAGGGGUGGAAGAUACACAGAAGAAGAUGCUAAAGUUAUUGUUGUGCAAAUAUUAAGUGUUAUUGCCUAUUGUCAUCUUCAGGGAGUUGUGCAUCGUGAUCUAAAGCCAGAGGUAAUGCUAGCCUUCUUUUCGGUGGGCAUGAAUUUGUUGUCAGGUCUUGGUGCAAAGAUUGAGAGAGAGUCCAAGCUGAAGCUCAAUGACUUUGACAAGGCUUGCCAUCUGGUUGUUGAGUAAAUGUUAUGCUCCAUUGAAAAAGAUUGAUAUGGUCCAACUAGCAAAGAUUGUAAAAUGCUCAGAGUCAUUGUGGAAGUUAAUUAACAUAUCAUACAACUGUUGAAGCAUGCGCGCAUUCUUAGUAUAAGCUACCACGAGCCAUGGUUCACAAAUACAGCAGAGUACUUCAAAGGUUGGCCAAAACAAGAGUUGGCAUGGGACUUCAACAUUACUGCGUUUCUUCUUCUUUAUCAACCAUGAUACAUAUGGAGCUCCCACACAUAAAUGUCUUCUCUAAGAUUGAUUUGAUACAGAACUAUGGAAAGCUAGGUAAUGGCUGCAACUUUCUUCACUUUUUUUUUUCCUUUGCUUACACAUGGCUUGCAAUGUAACUGUGUGGAAAGGUGAUAUGAUAUUAUGGGGUUUUACUGCAUUUGGAAACGAGUUUUCCUGCAAUUUCAUGUAUGUGCUUUUGACACAGGUACUUGCAUGAAUUUCUUACUCAAAGAGAUGAAUUUGACACCACUGCUUUGUUGAUCCGGCAUCUACAUAUAAUUGUUAAAGACCAGAC